UGGCCCAUAGAGGAUGAACCAGGAUGUGUGUCACAAUAAAGAAGAUGGCGGAGAGCGGCUUCUUCCACUGCGGCGGCGACGACGAGCCGGACCUCACGCGCUGCUUCGUCUGCUUCAAGGAGAUGGAAGGCUGGGAGGCUGAGGAUAACCCCAUGGGGGCGCGGUACCACACCAAGAAGUGCGCCUUCGCCAAGCUGGGCAAGCCCGCCUCGGAGCUGACCAAGGCCGAGAUCGUGAAGCUCAUCAACUUCCAGCAGACGGAGCGGCUGGUGAGUUGA